UAGAGCCUUUUUGUUACAAAAUUCUGAACAUUGCGUAAGCCGUAAAAAAAUCAUUUGACAUAAUAUGAGUUUGUCAACAAACAUGGUGAUAUCAAAAUAAAAAUUGAAGUAUCUUCACAAAAACAUAAUUUUGUAAAAGAAAAAAAAAUACACAGCCCUGGCAAGUAACUUGAAUUGACUACCAUGGGUCUCUACCACAAGCCGGUACUCUUGAGUCUUAGAACAUUCAUGUCAUUCUGUCCCCAAGUAAUUCUAUCCAAUGCUUGCCGAGAAAAUUGUAUAUGGAACAUUGAACAACUACCUUCUAUAGACAUACGAGGCGGGCCAUCUUACCACACCGAUACUGUCCUGGUACCGUUGUGUGUGGUCAACGAUGAAGUGUCUCUGUUGUAUACCAAGAGAUCUCGUGUCGUGCCUUCCUGUGGCACCAAGGUCACUUUCCCAGGCAGUGGCAAAAUAUGCAGAAACCAAUCAGUUUACGAAGCAGCCGCAUACUACACGUACGUAGAUCUCGGCAUUCGAGACAUCAUGUUUUGGACCACGAUGGGACAAGUUUUGAGUCGAGGACCAAAUGUAGCAGUGACUCCAGUUAUUGGGGAACUAAGGAACUUUGACAUAUGUAAAGUGAAAACAGACACUGACAAAAUAUUAGAUGUGUUCCCAGUUCCUUUGAGAUGUCUCUGCGACACCAACUACCAUGGUUGCUACAAGCACGAUGGAGUGGUAGAGCCUGUGUACUCCGGCGGUCGGUACAUCAUCUCCGGCAUGACUGCUAUGAUCACUCACAAAUUUUUGUAUGCUCUUCUGCCUAAAAAUUUGUAUGACCCUCAAUUUUAUAAUAGAGAAUUGAACUUUCCUGUAAUUUAAUCAGAUGUA